AUGCCCUUCUCUUUCAGCUUCACGCUCACCGUCCCUGGUCUUGUCAAUCCAUUCUCAGCGCCGUCACAGCUGUCUGCUUCGGCCGCGCCACAACCCAAACAGGCUCUUCUUGACGCCAGAAGUGACAUCCUGACGCACGGGGACACGGCCGUAUCGCAUCGUCGUCCCCCCUCUCCCUCCCUCUUACCUCCGCUCUCGCGCAAACGAGGAUGGGUGCCCUCUGACUCAGAACCGAGCCACGCUGCUGCAAUACCCACUUCCACCAACGGAUAUCUUGACACACCCGCGAAAUAUAGGGACAUGAUGGCGAACACGAACGAGGACGACGAGAUCGAAGAGAUGGUCGCAGACUUGCCUCCGGCCAAGCGCCGGCGCACGCUUGCUGGCUCAAUCGUCUCGACUGCGUUGAGCGCUGCUCUUAUCGGGACUGCAGUAGGCCUUACAGUGUAUCGCCUAUGGAGAGACCGGGGCAAGCAACCCGAGUCUUCACCUCCGCCCCCGUAUGAACAAGGUGAAUGGGUACCACCAAAGGUCACGCCCCCCACUCCUCGCUCCCGCAAAUCCCGCCACGUUGCUGGUCGACGCACACAACCUCGUCACCGGAAGACUCAUUCGCGCCCCAUGCACGCUUCCAACUCCUCUGCCUCUAUCGGCUCUUCAGCCGCAUCGUACAUGCCUAUUCCUCCGGAAUUCAGUUUCAGUGCACCCACUGCCGACCCGGAGCCAGACGCAGACGAAGACGAAGAUGACCAGAUGUCCUGGAUUGGCGACAAGCUCACGUCGCUGAUCGCAGAAGGCCAGCGCGCUCUUGGCAAAGAGAUCGUGGUCAUGAGCGAGGCACCGGAAGAUGAGGAAGACAACGGCACGGAUGACUGGGUCGAAGAGGAUGGCGGUCGCGCACAGUCCUCGCAUGGCGGCCUGCCGCCCUACUCAUCGCGGCACGGCUCACCCCUCCUCAGCGCGUCUCCGCGACGCGAUCGCUUUGACCUCAGCUCGUCCUAUGCGACCUCGUAUGCACGGUCAAUCCCUGGCUCUCCCCGCCGUCGCGGCCGCGAGGCGUCCGUCGAGUCCGACCGUUUCGCGAGCACGUCCUUCCAAGAGGACGAGUCGGCGUGGCAGACGCCCGAGCUACGGGAAGCAAUGGAGCGCGCACGCCAGCGGUACCGGCGCGAGCACGCGUGA